AUGGCGACUUUAACCAGCAGCAGCAGUGCGCAGGGUCCGCUUCCGUCGCUGUCUUGCCACGACAUGAACCGACGGCACACGCUGCAGCAGCUUCGACGCAUCUGGCGCGACGAGAUGUUCGACAGCACGCUCGCUCUCGCCGAGUUGCUGGUGACCUACCUGCAGUCCAAACCAGACCCGGGCUACAAGGACGUCGAGGCAGAGGCUCUCGCUAUACGACAGCCUCGAAAUAAGCUUCGAGACGCCUUGGCAUUGGAGUCGGCAGGCACCUAUCGUCCGCCGGGCAACGAUCACUUUCGAAUGGCGACUGUCGAGUUGAGCUUCUGGAUUGCCAAGUGCGAAGACAAGCUCCACAAACCCGAGGACGUCAUUUCCACACUGACGAAAGUUCCGAUCUCGGAACGCACUCCGGCCAUCUGCGAGCUUCUGGGCCGCGCAUUGACGACGACCUCAAAGAAGAACGACGCCAUCAUCCAGUUCAAGGCGGCCGUCCAUGCAAGACCGCUCGCGGUCGCGUCCAUCCGCGGGCUUGUACAUUACAAGGUGCCGGAAGCGGAAAUUUUCGACAUGAUGCUGCUGGAUCGCCAAAAGCAAUUUGUCCGACAAGACAUGAACGUGAGUCGACCAUCGAUUGCAGAUUUGCCAAGUUCUGCCCUGCGCAAUCGCGAUUCGGAGGGGUACUCGCUUCCUGCCGUUCCAACCGAAGGCCAAACGAGACCUGCUGCUGGUGCUGCCUCGGGCCCUCGACCCACAGAGACACCAACUCUCUUGGCGCGAAAUGUGAAGCGCGUUGCAGCGACUGCUGCUGCUGCAAAGGAUGCUGAAGGAGAUGGGCGCGAGGAGGAUUUGGAUGAAACGCCUCGCAGGUCGCUUCGCUCCCGGGGUACCGCGGGUCCUUCGGCAGCAAAUCCCUUGUUCACUCCAGAUCCUGUUGCUCGCACGACUGGCGCCAAGGAGCCUGCUGCACGGCAAGCGGGCCCGGCAUUGACCACCGCGGAGCAAACAGCAAAGCUCACCACGGCAUUUGGCGCGCUCUCAUUCGCCCCACGCUUGACCCGCCGCGAAGACGCGAUGGAUAAGGUAUCUGGCUAUGCACCCUACGAGCGACUGCCAGAGAUGGAGCAUUUCCUCUGGAUUACGCAGUGGAUUGAGGUCUGGAGCUGGAUGAGCGCGCGCCAUUUUCUCCGCGCUGAGCACUUGCUCGUCGUGUACUUGAAUGAGGGCUUUGCUGGGUCGACGAUGCUGCUGCAGACGCUGGGAAACUGCCACAUGCAACUUGGACACUACCGCGACGCCCAAAUCUGCUUUGAGCAAGCCACCAAGCAAGAGCCAGCAGCGCUCCAGCACGUUCACCAACUAGCGCAGCUUUUAGUGCGGCAGUGUCGCGUUGUUGCCUUGAACAAGCUGGCGAUGGAUGCUCUGAAUAGCUCGCGGUAUCGACCAGAAGGCUACCUCUGCCUGGCUCGGUACCACGAAGCUAUGAUUGUGAUUGCAUCCGACAAGGCGCUCGAGUCCAUUGUUCAGGUCUCCGGUGGAAGCAUUGAAAGUCGCUACCACUCAAUCGAGUCGCUCCUUUCUCACGUAUUAGCAAUCAGUCCCGGCUCGCCCGAAGCGUUGUUGUUCAGGGCGAAUGUGCAACGCAAGCAAGGACGCAACAAUGACGCCUUGAAAUCCAUGGCAACCUUGUACGCGUCGCCCAACAUUGGCGUCUUCCGUACCACGAUUGACCUGUAUUUGAUGGCAAACCGUAUGCAAGAAGCCAUGAAUUUUGCUCGCGAAGCCCUCCGCACGAUGGAGUUUAACGCAUGUACCCUUGCGCUCGUUGGCUAUGUCUUUAUGCACACGCGAGAAGGUCGCGACAAGGCUCGCUUGACCCUGGAGAAGGCCUUGACGCUUGAUCCGCGCUGCAUGGACGCCAUUUCGACGUUGAUCCAGCUCUUGGUGUUUGAGGAAAAGUACACGGAAGCCGUCGAGACACUCAAGAUGUAUCGCCAGUACAACCCUGACAUUGAGAUGCUCAUCAUGACCGGCGAAGUGUACGCCCAAGCGAAAAUGUACGCCCAAGCGCUCGAGACGUUCGAGGCAGCCAUGGAUAUUGAGAAAUCGGUGCGCGUGGCGCGAUGCAUGCAGGUUGUGCAUAACGCCAUCUAUGGCGAGCCUGGCGAGGAAGAGUUUGACGAAGAGUACGUGCCAGAGCAGGACGAUGAUCUUGAAGAUUAA